CUGCCAUUAGCUCUUCGUGGAAUGCUCUCCCGUGUGUUUGUCUUCAGGAUUUAUCUUCUCUGCUUAGUCAGAAAAUUCUAUUAAGUGCAUUUUUGACCUCUGGCUUUGAAUCCUUUACUUUUGCACCCACAUUUAAUUCUUAUGCAUCCAUAGCCAGACCUAGAAGUCUGACCUAGCAGUGUCAUUGGUGAUCUUAUGAAUAGGCCUUGACAAAUUUCAAGGCAGUUGAAAUUGGCAAGUUGUCUUUGCCAGUGGAUGUUUGUGGGCAGCCCAUCUCCUAGGCUGACAGAAGUCAUUGUAGGUGUGGUGUUUUGGAAGUAUGGAAUCAAUCUCUAUGAUGGGAAGUCCUAAGAACCUCAAUGAAACUUUUCUACCAAAUGUUGCCAAUGGCAUCAAGGAUGCCCGUAAGAUCACAAUAGGCAUCAUUGGAAGCGGAGACUUCGCAAAGUCAUUGACAAUUAGACUUAUCAGAUGCGGGUACCACAUAGUUGUAGGAAGCAGAAACCCUAAACUUGCUGCUGAGUUCUUUCCCCAUGUGGUUGAUGUCACGCACCAUGAAGAUGCUGUAGCAAAAACAAACAUCAUUUUUGUAGCCAUACACAGAGAACAUUAUGCCUCUUUGUGGGACCUCAAACAUUUACUAGCUGGUAAAAUUCUAAUUGAUGUGAGCAAUAACACAAGAAUAGACCAGUAUCCGGACUCCAAUGCAGAGUAUUUGGCAUCACUUUUCCCAGAUUCCCUGGUUGUCAAAGGGUUCAAUGUCGUUUCAGCUUGGUCACUGCAGUUAGGACCAAAGGAUGCCAGCAGACAGGUCUAUAUAUGCAGUAACAAUGUUCAGGCUCGCCAUCAAGUUAUGGAGCUUGCCCGCCAGCUCAGUUUUAUUCCUAUUGAUUUGGGGGCAUUGUCAUCUUCAAGAGAAAUUGAAAACUUACCUCUGCAACUGUUCACACUGUGGAAGGGGCCUGUAGUGAUUGCCAUUAGCCUAGCAACAUUUUUCUUCAUCUAUUCCUUCGUCAGGGAUGUAAUCCAUCCAUACGUGAAAAAUCAGCAGAGUGACUUUUACAAGAUCCCCAUUGAGAUUGUGAACAAGACUCUACCAAUUGUUGCUAUCACUUUACUUUCUCUAGUGUAUUUACCAGGACUUAUUGCAGCUGCUUAUCAGCUUUACUAUGGUACUAAGUAUAGGCGAUUUCCACUUUGGCUGGACAACUGGCUCCAGUGUCGAAAGCAGCUUGGACUGCUGAGUUUUUUCUUUGCAACAGUGCAUGUGGCAUACAGCCUCUGCUUACCUAUGAGGAGAUCGGAGCGAUACUUGUUCCUCAAUAUGGCAUACCAACAGGUUCAUGCAAAUGUUGAAAAUUCUUGGAAUGAGGAAGAAGUGUGGCGAAUUGAAAUGUAUAUCUCCUUUGGAAUAAUGAGUCUUGGAUUGCUUGCUUUGUUGGCAGUAACUUCCAUCCCUUCAGUGAACAGUGCCUUAAACUGGAGGGAGUUCAGUUUCAUUCAGUCUACACUUGGAUACAUCGCUCUGCUCAUAAGUACUUUCCAUGUACUGAUUUACGGAUGGAAAAGAGCUUUUGAAGGAGAAUAUUACAGAUUUUAUACACCACCAAAUUUUGUUCUUGCCCUUGUUCUGCCUUCCAUUGUAAUUCUAGGUAAGAUCCUUUUACUUUUGCCUUGUGUAAGUAGGAAACUGAGGAGAAUUCGAAGAGGAUGGGAGAAAAGCUAUGUUAUAGAAGAAGCAAGUGGGUCUGCUCCACAUCUCUCCCCAGAAAGGAUAACGGUGAUGUGAUGAUAAAUCAGUGUCUGUUAGCACUGUUGUAGAUGUUUGGGUUUGGAGGUUUUUUUGUCAUAAACUUGUAUUUGUAGAAGUUGAGUUAAAGUAUGGGUAAAGUCAUUGUGGACUUGCUUGGUGUACAGUACAAGCUCUAAACCAAACUAUGAGAAAUCUGUAACUAGAAGACUACUACUUCAGAUAGUUACAAAAGUAAUUUUGUUUUGAGUUACAGAGGCCAGAUUAUUAUGAAAUCAGAAUUUUUAAUAUUCCUUUGCACAGUUUUAGCACAACAGUAUUUUAUUAUAACCAUGCUUUCCAGAUAUUUGACUUAGAGCAUAUGUGUCAGAGUGCUAUUUAUUAAUGAUACAUUUUCUGGGUAGUGUUUAUUUUAUUAAAAUCACACUCUUGGGUUAGUGAGUUCAGAAUAUAGACUAAUAAAGUUAAUAAUUUAGGAAAUAAUCAGGUUUUGAAACAAAUUAAUUUUUAUUGAUGUAUCGCACAUGUACAGUAUAUAUCUAUUUGUGUGUGGUUUUACACCAUUUCACAAGUUGAAUAUGCAAAACCACUUUCAAUUAUGGUGUAAUUGUACAUCUUAUAAGCAAAUAGUAUUGUACUAACAGAGUUGGUUUUCCAAAGUAUUACAUAGGAUUUUAGACCUUUGGCAUCUGUUUAUUUCCAUACAUCAUAUAAUGAAAAUUCAAAAUAGUGUUGUAUAGAAAGACAUGCAGGUAUGUGUGCAAGCAACUAAUUUUUUUUAUUUUAGAAUUAUUUCAAAAUAUCAGGAGAUAUUUUAAAAUGUUAAAGAAAAGCUGAGAAAUCUGCAAGAAUAAAAAUCCAUUUUCACUGUGAAACUUCCAAUAAGUUGGUACAACGGGGAAGUAUCACAAUAUUCAUGUUCUAUAUGUUUUUACACUGCUGUUUCAGUUACUACAUAUGAAUUUCGCAGAGUCUGUCUUAAAUUCUUAAUAUCUUUUUGUGCAAAUUCAAUCUUCUAUUUUUGUAUGAAAGCCUUACUUUUACAAGUGUCUCUAGGAUAUGCCUGAAUUUUUGAGAAACAAAUUAUUAUUCUUAUACUUAAAAAUGAAUUUAUCUCUAAAAUUUGUCAUUUGCAUUUCCUGUGAGAUUCAAAAGAACGUUCACAAUUACUUAUUACUACUGCUUUGUCAGGUUCUACUCUCCUCUAACAAAAUAGCCAAACUCAACGCAUACUUUCAGGCUGCUUCUGCUUUAUUAGCAAAACCUCUAUUUCAGUGAAUCAGAAUGUGGUCCUAACUUUUUUACUUGUAUGAAAUUAUAUUUUUCUUAUCUAUAUUUGCAUUGUCUGGGAUCUUUGAUGAUCUCUGACUUUCUUAGCUGGACCUUCACUUACUAUUUACUACUUUGCAAGAAUUUGUCAUCAGUAGGAUACGUCAGAAAUAUACAGUACUUAGACUUGAAUUUUUCCUUAAAAAUCACUAGUCCUGUAAAUCUCACUAUCUCUGUAAUGAAACCAACAGCUCUACUAAGAAUCGAGAUUCAAACUUUGUCGAUGGUUACAACCCAGAUCUAAAGAGAUCAUGCUGUUCUAAAUUCAAAAAAUCUACAAGAAUUUUAUUUUCAUUGUAGUAUUCAUAUUCCCCAAACUUACACAUUGAGUCUGUGUGUAUUCUGGAAUUGCUGCAAAUCAAGAGGCAAGAGACAAUUAAAACUUCUAACCUAUUUUGCCUGUAUUUUGCCAUUCCAAUACAGAAGGCUGUACAGUUCUUGAAAGGCUUGCAGAAUUAUAUGUAACUGGAUUUCCUGACCUCUUUCCUAUUCCAUUACUGCAAAGGGAAACCACAUAUAACUUAAGCAUUUUUACUUAAAUUCUUAAAAUAAGAUUAAUUUAAAAAAUCUCAGAAUACACAAAGUCAUGGAGAAUUGUAAUGGGAUAAAUACCAUGCUGCAUCUACCCCAGUCCUGUGCCCAAAACUUGAUUAAAAUCACUAGAAUGGGAUGGUAUAACUAUGAGCAGAAUUUCAUACUACUGAACAAAUUUAAGGCAGAAACCAUUGCUGUUGAGAAUCUGAUGACAUUGCAAAAUUAAAUAUGCUGCUAUUAUUUUGUAGUAACUCUACACUUCUGUAGAAUAAGCAAUAAACACUGCUGUUCCCUACAAUUACCUAAUUCAUUUGAUGUAAUAGCGAUAACGUUACAGAACAAAGAUACGGUAGUAAUUAAAAAUUCCUGUCAAAGUCAAUAUAUAUUGUACUGUAAUGCAACCACUGACAGUAUAUACAGAAAUGUAUUGGCCCUCUAGCCUAUGCAAAAAGUUUUUUCAUCAUUAAAUUUCUUCAUGAGUGUUUAAACUGUUAAGUUUUGAACUGCCAAAGGUGUCUGGAAAGGAUAAUUAUGCAUUGCUUCUUUUUUUCAAAGUGUGUGUAGAAAAUUAAAAAUGUGUUUGAUAAGUUACUUGAAAGGUUGAAAUAUUGAAGUAUUAAUAAAUAGAUGAUAUUUUUAGCUCAGUUAUAUAAAGACAUUUUGUGAAAUAUUUGUGCUACAAUAAGAUGAUUUCCUGCUAGGCCAUCUAUUUCCUGUUAACUGGAAUAACAAGUUGACUUGUGAUUUAAUAUUUUGUAGUCUAUAAGGACCAAUUCACUCUAACAAGAUACUGUUAAGUCUGAAAGUAAAAUGACUCUCACAUGUUUACUACACAUUAUGUAUCAUAUCAUGCAUAUGUUUAGUCACGUAGGAAAUCUUUAUUCAUUUCUACGGAAGAACUUGCAUUUGGACUUCUCAUUGGAAAAAGACCUGAGGCUUAAAGGUUAUUUUUGAUUGCCUGAAUAUAAACAAUUAAAUUAAUUUACAUGUCUUCUUAGUUACUUAGGAGAAUAAAUAAGUAUUUUGAGAAGCACCCUGCUAUUUUUGUGUAGCUUUCUAUAAAUUGCUUACUGCCUAAUGAAAAAUGAAUAAU